AUGGCCACUUACAAGACCCAGAUGAGUGUGCAGACCAGCUGCAAGGCUACGUGGUGCCGGUUCUCCCCCACCACACUGAAGGGGCUCGCGCUCAAUUGGUUUCAAGAACUUCUAGCCGGAAUCAUCACUGAUUUCGCGGUACUUGAAGAUGUGUUUACCCAUCAAUUCGUGGCCGGAACGAGGCAAAAGAAGACAAGCUUGCACCUCAUGGGGGUCAAACAAGAAAAGAAUGAGAGUCUAGCCGACUACAUAAAAAGGUUCAAUGAAGAAUCUCAGAAAGUGUCCGACCUGCAGGACGCAGUGGCAUUCGCUGCUCUCAUGUCCGGGGUGCAGCCUGGUCGGCUCAGAUGGACAUUAGCUGAAAGCGAAGUUAAAACCUUCUCUGAGGCCAUGGUAAAGGCUCAGAGAUAUAUCCAAGCGGCAGACAUCUGUCGUCACUCGGAAGAAGGAAGUAAGAAAAGAAAAGAAGAGAGCAGCAACAGAGAUCAGCCCAAGCAACAGAAAAUGGGUGGUAGGUCCGACAAAUUUACAGACCACGGAAACGACCCUCGUUUUAACAAGAAUCGGAGAGAAAUCUACUUGGACAUCAAGCACAAGUCCAUGCUGCCCCAUCCCCCACCCAUCUCGACUCCGGCGUAUCGGCGGGAUAAUAGCCAGUGGUGCGAAUACCACCGAGAAUGUGGUCAUACCACAAAAGAUUGCAGAGAGCUGAAAAAAGGACUGGAUAACUUAGCGGACCAGGGGAAGCUGAACCGCUACCUCAAACACACCAGUGAAGAGAAGGGGAAGGAGAAGGUCGGUCAGUCUAAUAGUGGGGAUACGGAGGGUUUCAUUGGAGUCAUAGCAGGUGGCUUCGCCUCAGGAGGCCAAACCGGCCGAGCCAGGAAAGCCCACCUCCAAAAUCUCAAGCAUCAAGUGUUGGAAGUCAAGCCGAGCCGGUCGGACUGCCCCAUAAUGACGUUCGGGGAGUCCAGUCGGUCGAUAGCGUACCCCAUGAUGACCCCCUGGUCAUCGAGCUCAAAGUGGCCAAUUCCCGGGUGA